AUGUUUCUGUUUGGCUGCCCGGCCGCUCAGGAUUUGGAUUGGGAUGAGAAUGGCCUUCUUGGAUCUUUCACUGCACCUUUCGUUCGAUUGGCGAGGCUUCCAAAAUCAGAGACCGAGAUUGAUAAAGAACCAUCCGUCUCCGUCAUAGAUAUUCCUCAAUGGAGAUCGUUUCCACUCGAACCAAAACAUUUGAAGACCGGCUACACUCAGGGUCAAUGUUGGCUGCCUGAAUAUCAGAGAGCUUCUUUCUUCACCCCCUCCGACGUUGGCUCCAUUCUAGAGGAGCUUUCCCAGAGCGGUGCGCAAAAUACAAGGAGACGAUCAGCAAGACAUGUUGAUGCCUCUGUUUCCUCGCAACAAUCAAAGACCGAGAAGAGGGUAACCAAGAAACCAAGGAAAGUCAGCGGGAAAGGUUCAGUACCAGAUACAAACAGCCAGCUCGGUGAUAUCGUAUCACAAUUUUAUGAGGAAUCUUAUGCUCGACAUGAAGAAGUCCCUUCAUCACAAUUAGUAUCUGCCUCAUCCCAAGCAAGCUCGUCAUACUCGAGCUCCGAGUGCUAUUCAUUCGACACACAUUCCUCAAUAAAAUUCGAUAGAAAGGAACCCCCGAAAUCCGGCCUACUCAGCCAUUUGCAAGACUUCCCAAAUGCCUUCGAAAUUAAUUCAAUUCGACCCCAAGUCAUCACCGUCAACAUAAUAGUUGGCAUCAUUUCAGUUUCCGAGCCUCGAACCAUUAGAACAAAAUGGGGUCACAACGUGGAACUUGUUGAAGCUAUCGUAGGCGACGAAACCAAAUCCGGCUUUGGGGUCAAUUUUUGGAUAUCCAGCUCUCAAUCUGCCAGUCUGAAAGAGUCAGUUGGAUCACUAAGACCUCAGGAUGUGCUUCUCAUACGUCAUGUGGCUUUGGAUACUUUCAUGGGGAAGGUGUAUGGACAGAAUGCUAGGAAAGGGUGGACGACAGUACAUCUUCUCUACAGAAACAAAGUUGAUCGGAAUGAUACCUCCGGAUACUAUACCAGGAGCGACUUUACGGCGGAAAAUCCAUCAAAUCCGCAGUUGGCCAAAACCAGAUCCGUGAGAGAAUGGGUACUGAGGUUUGUUGGGGGAGGUUGGGGUAGAAGGCGAGGUUUAGAUAAUCAGGAUAUUCUACCUCCAGAUACCCAAUAG